ACACCCUGCUGCUGCUGCUUCUGCUGCUGCUGCUUCUUCUUCUCUCCUGUCUGCUAGUCUUUCCUGCUUUCUAGAUUUGCUCCUUUAAUCUGGCUGGUUCUUCUCCUUUGGGAUGAGGGGCUGUAAGGCUGGACGGGUCUGUGCUCGGAUGCUUCGCUGAGACCUGUCCGUAUCUUUCUCUUUCCUUUUUCAUCCCUCUAUCUCUGUCAGCUGCGAGAACUCACGUUAAGGUGUGUCCUGGCCCUCGGCCCCCUCUGUGGAUGUCUGUCACCAUGGCGAAGUUUGAGACCGGCCGCACAAGCCCAGUGGUCCGCCAGAUAGACAAGCAGUUCCUGGUGUGUAGUAUCUGUCUGGACCACUACCACAACCCCAAAGUCCUGCCCUGCCUGCACACCUUCUGCGAAAGGUGCCUACAGAACUACAUUCCUGCUCAGUCUUUGACACUGUCCUGCCCGGUGUGCAGACAGACCUCCAUUUUGCCUGAGAAAGGUGUGGCGGCACUACAGAACAACUUCUUCAUCACAAACCUCAUGGAGGUGCUGCAGAGAGACCCAGAAUGCUCUCGGCCGGAGGCCUGCAGCGUGUUGGAGUCUGUCAGCGCUGCAGCCGCUGGGAAACCGCUCUCCUGCCCCAAUCACGAGGGCAAGGUGAUGGAGUUUUACUGCGAGUCGUGUGAGACGGCCAUGUGCCUGGACUGCACAGAGGGGGAACACCGAGAGCAUGUGACCGUUCCACUGCGGGAUGUUCUAGAACAGCACAAAGCAGUGCUAAAGAACCAGCUAGAUGCUAUACGCAACAGGCUGCCCCAACUAACAGCGGCCAUUGAGCUGGUGAAUGAAAUCUCUAAACAGCUGAUAGAGAGGAAGAACGAAGCAGUCAAUGAGAUCAACAUGACAUUUGAGGAGCUCGAGAAGGCACUGCAUCAACGCAAGGCUGCGCUCAUCACCGACCUGGAGAACAUUUGUAGCACCAAGCAGAAGGUGCUUCAGGCACAGUUAUCCUCCCUUCUGCAGGGAAAAGAGCACAUCCAGAGCAGCUGCAGUUUUACUGAGCAGGCCCUGAACCACGGCAGCGCCACUGAAGUCCUGCUGGUCCAAAAGCAGAUGAGCGAGCGGGUGAGCGCACUCGCCUGCCACGACUUUCCUGAACGGCCACACGAAAACGCCCACUUGGACUGCCAGAUAGAGACGGAGGGCUUGCGACGCUCCAUCCAGAACCUGGGCGUGCUGCUGACGACGGGUGCCGUGGGACACACGAGUGUGGCAACGGGAGAAGGGCUCAGACAUGCCCUGGUCGGUCAGCAUGUGACCGUAACAGUUACCACUAAGGAUAAGGACAGCGAGCUUGUGCGGACCGGUAAUGCGGUCCUCCGAGCAGAGAUAACAGGGCAGGACGGAGUGCGGGCGGCAGAGGUGGAGGUUGUGGACAAUAAAAACGGAACGUAUGAGGUAGGGUACACACUUAAGAGCGAAGGGGAGUACUCCUUCUCUUUGACGCUGUAUGGACAGCCCGUGCGGGGCAGCCCGUUCAGACUGCGGGCGAUAAAGCCGUCGGAUGUACCCCAGUCUCCCGACGAUGUGAAAAGGAGGGUUAAAUCUCCUAGUGGAACAGGAGGACACAUCAGGCAGAAAGCCGUACGGAGACCCUCCAGCAUGUACAGCACCACCAAAAAGAAGGAAAACCCCAUAGAGGAUGAGCUGAUUUACAGAGUGGGCUCUCGGGGGAGGGAGAAGGGAGAGUUCACUAAUCUACAGGGCAUCUCUGCUUCCACUAAUGGGAGGGUCAUUGUAGCAGACAGCAACAACCAGUGUAUACAGGUGUUUACUAAUGAUGGCCAGUUCAAAGCACGUUUUGGGGUCAGAGGUCGUUCCCCAGGACAACUGCAGAGGCCGACAGGAGUGGCAGUCGACACAAAUGGAGACAUUAUAGUAGCUGAUUAUGAUAACAGAUGGAUCAGCAUCUUUUCCCCUGAUGGGAAAUUCAAGAAUAAGAUCGGUGCUGGCCGUCUGAUGGGACCCAAAGGAGUGGCUGUAGACAGGAACGGUCAUAUCAUUGCAGUGGAUAAUAAAGCCUGCUGUGUGUUCAUUUUUCAAUCUAAUGGCAAACUAGUGACCAAGUUUGGAGCCAGAGGCACUUCAGACAGACAGUUCGCAGAAAAAAGUGGUGCAAAGUUUGCACUGGAGCAAAAGUUUAGUAAAUCUGGCCCUGUGUUCAGUCCGCACUUUGUUGCUGUCAACAACAAGAAUGAAAUUGUGGUGACAGAUUUUCAUAACCACUCCGUCAAGGUCUACAGUGCAGAUGGGGAGUUUUUGUUCAAAUUUGGGUCCCAUGGAGAGGGAAACGGCCAGUUUAAUGCCCCCACAGGGGUCGCUGUUGAUGUUAACGGCAACAUCAUCGUAGCAGACUGGGGCAACAGCAGAAUACAGGUGUUUGACAGCGCAGGCUCAUUUCUCUCUUACAUCAACACAACUGCAGACCCUCUGUAUGGGCCGCAGGGUCUCGCUUUAACCUCCGACGGCCAUGUCGUAGUGGCCGAUUCUGGUAACCACUGCUUCAAAGUCUAUCGGUACCUGCAGUAACGUCUCAGGUACUGCCACAGGGUGCCACAAACUCUCCUGCGACUUCGGUUCAUCAUUGUUUGCAUAGUCAUAUCAGCAAAAUCCUCCAGAAAGGAAGAAUCGAAUGAACAAAAAGCACUUUUCUUAAAUCUUCUACUGAUUUUCAUGUUCCAAAACAAAGAACUGCUUCUGUACUAAACCAGGAAUGUUGAUUGUAAAUAACAGAAACCAUAUCAAUAAGCACAGAUUCUUAUUAGAAAUCAUGUAAGUUCUGUAUAAAUAAAAAGUAUAUAUAUAUAUAUAUAUAUAUAUAUAUAUAUAUAUAUAUAUAUAUAUAUAUAUAGCAAAACAUUUUGUUAAUCACGUCUUAAACCCUUGCCGAAAAGUCGAUUAUUUCCAAGAUUUUUCCAAGAUUCCUUUCCCGUCUCAGAGUGAUUGACCUUCCCAUGACUGCAACAGUUUUAAUUCUGUUACAUUCUGCAUUUGUAAAUAUACAAAUGUAUGUACAUAUGAACAUAUUUGGUGUAUGUAACAUGUAAAUGACACUGGCUUCUUGUAUUGUCAGCAUUUACCACUGAGAUUUCACCAUAUCCGAGCUAUUCAGUGAGUGCUCUCAGCCAACUGGGUGUUCAGAUCAUUCAGACUGAACAUCUGAGCUGAUUAUCCCUCACAGAUAUCAGCAGCACAGCAAGUGAAAGUGCAUCCCUGCUGUGCUCUUUUAAAAAAAAAAAAAAAAUCAAAAAUCAAACCAAUUAACAAAAGGAGCCAAAAAUGACAUAUUUUUUUCCAUUCCAAAUUAUUUAUUUUUCUAAAGCACAAGGCUACUUUACGUGUUGAAAAAUCCAAGUUAACGAGGAAGUAGAAAUAUAAUCAAACCCAAGUAUUUCAAGUAUAGGCCUAUUGCCUCUGUUUUAUGUUCUAUAAAGAUGAUCCGCUGUAUGGGAUUAUAUCUCUUCUCUGUAAAUAAUCAUGCAGACGCCAGAUGUUUACAGUGUAGCAACCAAAUGUUGUUUUUAGUCAGUAUUAGUUUAUGCUUCAUUUGUCUAUUUAUUUAAUGUUUUGUACACAUUUUCCUUUGAGAUUGUCCUUCAUCACCAGCGAAUGAUUUCAAAAUCACUUCCCUUUAAUUUUGUGGAUAUUUCCUUUGUCUCUUUGAAGGUUUAUGUGGCACCACGUCUCCUUAAUAGGCUACUCUGUGUGAUACUGUACAAGGUUAAUGAACGGUGGCUCACAGCUGAAACGGUGAACGUAUAUCUUAAUAUCUGUGCAAAUAACGUUUUUGCAUGUUAAUGAUUUUACCAGCAGUCUGAAUAUGGUUUCUGCAGCAGCGAAAUACUUGUAAUGAUUUGCUAUUGCCAGACUGGAAAUAAAUUUUAAAAAAUGUAAUAGCCAAAAAAAAAUA